AUGGCUAAGGAGAGUUUAUCACGUAGGCGAGUUUCGGUCAAUUUUUCUACAGCCGAAGCGGUCUCUUCUAUUCGUGACACUAUCGAUCGGUUGAAUCAGUUGUGGGACCGGAUAAAUAUGGAGGAGUGCAUGAGAUGCAGGCGUAUUGAGAAGUUCUUCCUGUAUAUUUCCGACCUUCUAAAUCAGAUGGUAGUUGAUGAAGAAGAAAUGGUUGAAGGAAUACAGGAAGGUAUCGAAGAAAUGAGUAGGCAAGUAGAAGAUCUGUACAAGGAACUUCAUUUGCAGCCGAUUGGCAGGACUCACAUCAAACCAGGCUCACUUGCAUUGUAUCGUGCGCUACAUCAAGAUGUAGGGCGAUUGCAGAGUUUGAAGGAUGAUAGAUUGCAAGGACAGAAGAAAUUAAUUGAGGAACUUGCAAAACUUGCGAUGCAAACCGGUGAAGAAAUUGAAGAUCUUCCAUCAAGUACUGCUGUUUGUGAUGAUACGGCAAUUGCGUGUCUCCAGGAUCGUGUCUCUCAUCUGAAUGAAUUACUUACUGAACGCAUGCAAAAUUGUAAGCAAUGGCAGGUGGACAUGAAGCGCUGGUACAAGCAAAUGGGUAGUACCCCGUCCAAAGAAUUAGGCAAAACAUUCACUGCUUUGGAUUUGGAUAAUGAAGAACUGGUUUGGGAUAAACAUUUUUUGGACGAAUUUGCAAGUGCUUUUGAUGAGGUUAAAGCAGAAUACAACGAAUGGAUUGAACAGGCUUGUUUUGACUAUACAGAGACACUACUAAAACUUAGCGAACUUUGGGAUAUAUGUCAUGUUCCAGAUGUAGAGCGAAAUAUUGCAAGAGAAUUUAAUCCAAGUAUUCAUACCAUACAUGAUAUCCAGCAAGCGAAGGAACAAGUGAAAUCGUUAGAAAAAUUUCUUACUGAUCGUGCUGAAGUGUAUAAAAAAAUGAAAGAGUGGAAAGAUCUUUGGAAUGAAAAAGUUGAAUUUGAGCGCAGCGCAAACGAUAAAUCACGUUAUCACAAUCGUGGUUGUGAGCUGCAAACAGCUUUGAAGCGACAGAAAUUCAUUGCGCAUCGACUUCCAAUCAUACAAAACGAAUUGAAAGAAGAGGUGGAAAAGUAUGAGUCAACUCAUGAUAAUCAAAUUUUAAUGGACGGCUUAUCACCUUGCGAACAUAUCGAAUCCAUCAUGGAAGAAUAUCGAAUAAAUAGGGAGCUUGAACGUAAACGAAAAAAACAAGUGGAGGUAUUCACGGGCAGCGUAUCGAAUAUAUCAAAUAUAGUUACUCCAAAGAAGCGUGGUGCUCCGCCAACCUUUGUUACUCCUUGCUCUUCAGCUAAAGUAGCGAAAGUAAAGCCACUUACACGAUUUGAUCAAACAACAUCAAAGGCUCCAGACACACUAUUAUCACACAUGAAAUCUGUCUCAGCAAGUACAGCAAGCCUUCACUCGGUGAUCACACCCGUACGGCCACCAACGAUUGGUCCAAAAACUUCGUCGCCAUUGAGAUCGGCCGACAAAGAAACAAGAAGACGCUUAAAAGGGUUUAAUCUUCCACCGAUAUAUAAGACACCGAAAAAGUAG